AGCUGGUCACCUCUGCUGCGAACAUGGUUGUUGUUGUGGUCCGCCAAGUGAAUUUUUGGCCAACUCUCUGAGAUCUAGAUUGAGAAGUAUCCGUAGCCUGAGAUCAGAUCGGACUGCGGAAGAGCAACGCGGAAGUAAUCACCUACAACUCCAGCCAUGGCCGCUGUGCUGCCGGAAAACGCGGCCGAGAUCGCGGUGGCCAAUGCAAUCAAUAACAUCAACGGGAAUGGAAAUGGAAACGGGCGCAAUCGGGUGCUACCUGGCGGAUUAGGUGGUGGUGGUGGCCAGAACAACAUGAUGAAUAUGCGGGACCGACUGUUUCAUGCCAUAUACUUUCGGGCGGCGGCCUCCUAUGCGGAGUUGGUUCCAAGGAAGGUGCAGUUGACCAUUGAGUUCCUGCUGCUGGCCAAGGCCUUGCUGUUCUUCUUUACGCUCAUCUACGUGCACAACUCCUUCAUCAAGAAUCCCUGCACUUGUCUCCAGGAAGUUAAAAACUGGCCGCGCGAAGGCGUCAUAAGAGUGGAGAUCAUUCCUCACCUGACGGAGAAGCGAGCAAUUUGGCAGGGAAUCAAGAGGGACCAACAAAUAGUGCGUUCCCUAAAGGAUUCCUACUACUAUGGCAUUGGACCUCAAACUCGGCAAAAUCACGAUACCCUCAAACGGUACGAGUCCAUUCUGGGAAAACUGGGUCUGCCCGUCAGACCAACGUUUGCUUAUAGUAACGAAUCCCUGUACUACUACUUCGAUGCCAUAAACAUCUUGGACACCUACGACCAUCCAAAUGCAAUUCAACUCAAGAACGAAGAGGAUGAUGAGGAGCAGUACAUUGUGGAGUACUCAUUGGAGUACGGCCACCUUCGCUUGUCUUCCUCCACGCGAAAGCGUCUACAUAUCCCCGUACUCACUGUCCAACUGGAUCCCAAUACGGACAAGUGUUUUGGAGACAGUUUGACUCGAUAUCUGCUCAAACGUUUGCUAGGCUAUGAUGACUUACUAAUGGCAUCCGUACGAACUAUAGCCGAGCAGGAGGAGAAUAAGGGCUACCUGCGAAAUGUUAUAACCGGCGAACAUUAUCGCUUCGUCUCCAUGUGGUGGGCAGCCUGGAGUAGUUAUCCGGCUGCCUUCUGUGUGAUGUUACUAUUCACCUUCUCAGUGUCGAUGCUGCUGCGCUACUCGCACCACCAGAUCUUUGUGUUUAUAGUCGACCUGCUGCAGAUGCUGGAAUACAAUGUGUCUGCCCGCUUCCCAAUCGCACCGUUGCUCACUGUCAUACUGGCGCUCGUAGGAAUGGAAGCUAUUAUGUCGGAGUUCUUUAAUGACACCACCACGGCCUUCUACAUCAUACUGAUUGUCUGGAUCGCGGAUCAAUACGAUGCCAUCUGCUGUCACACGAGCAUCACCAAGCGUCACUGGCUCAGAUUCUUCUACCUGUACCAUUUUGCGUUCUAUGCGUAUCACUAUCGCUUCAGUGGACAGUACAGGACGCUGGCCCUGCUCUCCUCGUACCUAUUCACGCAGCACUCGAUGGUGUUCUUCUUUCACCGCUACGAGCUGCCAGCCAUCAUGGCCCAGCACCAGGUCUUCAUCAUUACACGCAACCAGGGAGCAGCAGCAGCAGCAGCAGCUGCAGCAGCAGCAGCAGCGGGAGCGGGAGCGGGAGCGGGCGUGGGCGGAGCUGAGGCAGCAGGAGGUGGCGUAGGAGCAGGCGCCGCCGCUGGAGGGCAGCCAGGAGGAGCUGGCGCAGCAGGAGGAGGCAUUGGUGCUGGCCAGCAGGCGUCCAUGCAACGUGCCCGUCUCAUAGUCACCCGACUCUUCAGCCAACUUGCAGCACAACGCCAGGGGCAACAGGGGCAGCAGCAGCAGCAGCAAAAUCAGGACCAACCACGCCCACCAGGACCCACCGCCGCCGUGGGCGUGGCCUUGGCCAACCUGAGAAGACUGCCCGUGGUGGGCCAGUGGCUGCAGGGGCGCGAGCAAUUCGCCACCGUGCGUCGCGUCUUCCUGGGACACGGCGGCAACGCAAGGCUGAUGCAGGUGCGUCUGCAGCGUAUUAACGUCGCCGACAUACCUGGCUUGCGCAACCAGGUGGCAGCGGCCAUGGCAGCCGCGGGCGCGGUCCAAAGAGGCCAAAGCGCAGCUACAGAUGAACCCGCCAGCGGCGAUGUUGCAACUACAGAAGUAGCAGCAACGGCGGCAACAGCAGCCACGGCAGCAACGCCAGCAGCGAACGAUGCAGCAGAUGUCGAAACAAAUCAGGGACGCAAGCAGCCGACAACAUCGGGCAUAAAUGAUGCAGUAGCAACGGGAGCGGAAGCAACUCAGGACGAGUCCGGCCAGGAGAAAGUGGUGGUGGUGGAGCGUCCUGGACAAGAAAAGCUACGCGAUGGAGAUGGAGAUGGGUAUGGGGAUGGAGGGGUGGAUGGGCAAAUAGCGGGCAUGUCCAAGACGCUGGAAAAUCUAAAUUUCGUUGCGGCGGAUAUUAUAAAUAUGUCGGAUGAAACUACUGUAGAAGCAUCGCCCCCAACGGAGGGCACUCAACAGCCAGAUCAGACCCUGAUCCACACCCACGUCCGUGUCCAUCAGACUCAGCCAAAGGCGAGGCAAUUAGAAAAUAAUUUGCCAGAGUUGCUGAAAGCUGAGGGGGCAUCCGCAGCAAUGGCAUCAGGUGAAAAGCAAAGCUGCCCACUACAAGCACCCAGCAUUAUGAAUGACCAGCAGCAGCAGAGGCAGCAAAACAAACCGGACGAGCCCGCGACAGCAACGGUAGCAGCAUCAACAGUUGCCACGUCAAAACAAUCCUCUGAGCCAGGAGCAGCAGCACCAGCAACAGCACCAGCAGCAGCGUCGGUAGGAGCCGAGGCAACAGCCAGGCCAAUGAUGGAUGACAGGCAAACAGUUGAUUUUAUAGAAGGCGACAGCCCAACGUCAGCAGCAAAUUGCCAACUCAAUGCUGGCACAAACCACAAGGCACAGGAGCAGCAGCUAAUGAAAACUUCACAACAUACAUCAAACCAAGUGACAACGGCAGCAGCAUCAGCAGCAACAGCAGCAACAGCAGCAACAGGAGCAACAGCAGCAAUGGGAACAGCAGAAACAUCAGCAGAAUAAGCAAGGCAUUAGUGGCGAGCCUCCAAAAGCGUACACAACCCAAACACAAACCCAAACCCGAAUCCGAAUUCGAAUCCGAGAACUCAAACCCAAAGCAACCGAAAAUAGCUACCCACAUAACAAGAUGUUAUACAUAAAAGAGCUAGUAAAUUUUAGAUAAUUUGUCUGGUGUACUUAUGUCCGGAGAUCAACCACGACUCACGACGCCCCCGCUCCGAUUCGAAUGUGUGCGUGUGAAUGUGUCUGGUUUGGAUGGGUGGUAGUUGGAUGGAUGGAUGGAUGGCUGGAUGGGUGUAUGGAUAGCUGAGUGAAUGGAUGGAUGGGUAGAUGGUAGAUUUCCGAGUGUGUGAGAGGGAGGGGAGGGAAGUGUGUGUGAGAACGUGUUUGAGCUUCGACCAGGAAAGGAGUGACGGAAACGCGUAGUUGACCUGCUUGCACCUGUGGGUGAAAGUCAGGAGAUAUAUAUUAAUAAUGUUGCACGGCUUUUUAAUUAGCCAAAUACGUGGGAAGCAGACACACAUGUACGGAUACACACACACAUACACAUAUAUAUACACACACACCACAAGCUAGUCGCGUUUUAAACUUAACUUUUUUUGCCCAUCCUUGUUUGCCCCUUUAUUGAGAAAAAUGCGUUGAACAUUUUUAAUUAACUUUCGUUCCGAGCUGCCUUCAACCCACGAAGCCCUGGCAUCAUCGCCUAGGACUACUCCGCCUCCACAACCGGACGGACAAACAGCCGUAAGCCCUUCCGGCCGAUAACCAAACCCAAGCCGAUGCCCCCACUGAUGCUUCUACUGUUUGCCCAAGCUCUUUGCUUUAGCUUUAUGGAAUACCAUAGGAUUGUCAACUGUAAUAUAUUUUGUUUGUCGAAACAUCAUUUAAAAAACGGGCCGAAAAAAGAGCCAUCACAAAGGACAUACUGUGAAUAUUCAUGAGAAAUGGCCGUUCAAUGUUUGCCAGCAUAGUUCGCAAUCACAAUUGUUGGCGAAAAAACUGUGCAAUUCUGGAUUGUAAUUUUAUUGCUUUCACUUUUUGUUUUUAAGCGUACUCCUAUUUUGUACAUGGUAAUUAAUUGUAGCCCUGAUCUGAAAUGAGGUUGCGUGAAUGUGGGGCGACAUGUUUCUAGAACUAUUUGGUAAGCAAUGGAUGUCGGAAUCGAGAGGUUCGAGAACGGUUUACAACUCUUAAUUAUACAUACUAUAUACUAAUACUAGUAGCUAUGACUCUUUGCUAUUGCUAAUAAAAAAGAAAAAUGUUAUUUCUAAAUGUGUAUAAAUAUAUACGACACAAAUC